AUGACUGUUGACUCCAUGACUGUUGUCAUGGUGCGGUCAGAUGUAAUGACCAUAGUUUUAGCUGGGAACGCACCAGGGGAAUGGAGUUGUGCUCCGCUUACUACAAUAACAUCGUCUGUUGAGGGAUGUGUGACGUCAAGCUCUUAUGCAAACGGAGUAUGGAGCAUUGGAACUUCAAACUCCAAGUCUGGAGCAGGGGCUAACAAGUUUUGUGUAAUCUCGCUUUCUGGGGAGGGACUUCACACCAGCAAAGACUUUUACGUCAAGGCCCGUUUCUCUAACAGCGAUUCAAGUGCCAGAGCUGGUCCCUUCGGAGGUAUUACCUUUAAUAUGGAGGACGAUAACAAUGGCAACUACGUAAUGAUGAGAUUGAAGGUGCCAGUAAUGGCUAAUGUUCAAAUGGGUAAAAUAGUUAACGGUAAUGGACAAAAUCUCGCUCAAAGCAAAGUCAAGAAUAACGCUGUCGCUUCUGGUGCUGCGACUCUAGAGAUCCUGGUUCAAGGUGAGGAGGAGUCAGUUUGGAUAGACGGUGUUCGAGAAGAGUCUAUCUCCUCUCAGCAGCCCUUCUUUGUAGCACCUGGUCAUGUUGGAUUCGGCUUCCAAUCCGUAACCAGUUGGCCUACUAUCAAGGUAGAAGGAGCUGAGGUUUGUACACCUAUAAGCUGUACUGCUGAAGAUGGAACAACAUACUCUGGAGGAGAACAGUGGCCAGGAGAAGAUGGAAAAACUUGUACUUGCUCUGAGGCGGGUAUCAACUGUGCGUGUGGUGACGACACUCUGGUCUGUCCGGGAGGCACUGUGAAGUGGACAGAUCCUGAGGAGUGCGAGUCUAAGUGUAUCAAAUCACCAGCUUAUUGCUCCAGCUCCGGAGAUCCUCACUACAGGUCGUUUGACGGAAAAUACUAUGAUUUCCAUGGAGUAUGUACAUACCAGGCAGCUAGUUGUGGGGACUUCGUUGUAAAUUUCAAGAAUGUUGAUCUUCAUAAUCGAGCCCCAAGAUACACAGGACGGAUUGAACUGAUUUUCAAGGGAUCAAAAUUUUCUAUCGAGAGAGGUUUGGUGUCAAAGGUCGAUGACGUAAAUGUGCAAAUUCCCUACAUCAAACACUACAACAAUGGAGACAGGGUUGAAAUCAUCAUAAUGGUCAACUUGAAAUCAGGCUGUACAACAAGGGCAGAAACCCAUCCGCGGUGUGCCUGUGCUCAAUUUGAUGUGUAUGCUACACAAUGUCAGAAUAACGGCUUUAAUGUCGCAAACUGGAGAAAACAAUAUUUCCAUCUGUCGCGUACGAAAGUCCUGAACCAACAGUGUACCUAUCUGACGGAGCCACCCCCAGUACCAACUUGUCUCAACAAGGAGCCAGAGAAGACCGGGACUGUUAGAGGGUGUUUCUGUCCAGCAGGAAAGUUCCUACAGGAUGGAGUUUGUGUAGAUGCUAGCGGGUGCAAGUGUCUCUACGAGGGACAGUUUUAUGAUAACGGAGCAGUUAUAGAAGAGGAAGCAGAGUGUCAGACAUGUACUUGUCAAGAUGCAGGGGAGAUGGACGUGUCAAGACAAGGAGUGUCAAACUCUUAA